CUAAAAUCUUACGAAAAUGUUGAUUUUGAUGCACUUUUUGGGUGGAGAAUAGUAAUCUUUUAUUUAUUGUAAACGUCAAUCUGACGUCACUGGCAAUCGAUCUCAUUUGGGACUUCCAGCGCUCUGAUUGGCUAGGCGUAGAGCCAUAUAUGGAAAGCUGACGUAGAAUGUUCAUUCAUAAAACUAAAGUAUAUAUUGAUGUAGUUCAUUCAUAGAUUUUGAGAGCUUCAAGAACGGAGUAUUACUGGAGUCCAUGAUACAACGGGAUUUUAACAACGGAUAGCUGUCAUAGUGUUAUAUAACAGCAGUAAUAGCUGACAGUGGAUUAAUAUUGGAUAAGAAUAUCUACAUAAUAAACUGGAGGAAGACAGCCAAGAGCCGAAAAUGAUUAUGGACGGUUUGGAUACACUGUCCCAAGUGGCUUUAGGAGACUUACAAGUCAGCUUUGAUACAUAUCAUUCUGGACAACCAAUGUCUGAUACUACUGUUGCAGAGUUGGAAAAUAUUAGCCAACAGGCCAUUCUUGGACUAGCAGUAGAUGAUGAACUGAAUACACCCGUCACGACCAGUUCGGAAUCUGGCAAUUUCUUCAGUGCAACAGACAGUAUGAUAUUCGACCCAUUACCCAUAGCUGCAAAGAUCGAUGCCUGCUUUACAAUCCCAUCAGUUAUGUCCGAGGGUUGCAAGUCCGAGGACCAGCAAACCACCGCAGCGAGUGCGGCCACCACCCAUCGUAUACAAUACAAGGGUACGUUUACCACCACGGCCACACCAACAAGUACUGGAAGCAACACCAAUGCCCCGGGAUUCACUCCACUCUUCACACCACUGUUGAGCAUCUUUGCUCAGGGAUCUGCCCCUUCCGAGAUGCAAGGGCAGUUCUCGAUGAGCUCACUAGGUACAUCAGUGUCAGAUAGUAUGUUUUCCCAGAUGACCGGUCACCAGCAAGAGACAAUAAAUACUCAAGAUAUGUCUGGUUCAACCAUGCAAACUGCAUCAUCGCCUCCGCAUCAACAGCAACAAGCAUAUUCACCAGCCUCCCAACAGGCGUACUCACCGGCCCCUCAAUCGACUUUUUCGCCCUCGCCGUCACCUCAGGAAGAGUUUAUGCAACCACAAUCUGCUGCACCUUCCCCAGCAAGCCAAGGGCCAUUUUCACCACAGUACAGUGGGACCAGCAUGCCUUCACAUUCGGCUCAAUCAACUCCUGAACCAGCUUUUAGCCAGGGUAUGGAAACCAGCCAAGACACAACAACUUAUACUACCACACCGCCACCCCCAUAUUCACGUCAGCCUAGCUUUGUUGAUAUCGGUUCCAUAGCCUCAACUAGCGCACCUAACUUUGCUCUAAAACAACCUCCACAAUAUAGUAGCUGUUCUCAACAAGCAUCGACUUCCACAAGUUUUCCUAGUGACUUUUCACAAACUCUUGCCCAAUCAGUGGUGCAAAUUAGUGAAGAUUUAACGUAUUCUAAAGACAGUUCUAGUGGAUUCACAAGUCAAAAAUGGCCGAUAAAUAUUCCCUCAACUGUUUCGAUGCAGGACUUUGCAACACUGCAACAGGUUGCAUCAAUGCCACAGUUUCCCGCAAGUCAGAUAAAAACUGAGCCUUCAUCAGACAUUUUACAGACAACGUGCUCUGUUACAGACUUUGCAGCACCCAGUCAAUCAGUUGGAUCGUUACCAACUCAUUCUAAAGUUACAGCAAUGGACAUAAUAGGCCAGACCUACCAACAAGGGGGACAACAAUUGAAAUUGUUACCUCUUAAGCCUAGAAAGUACCCAAAUAGACCUAGCAAGACCCCACCACACGAGCGACCAUAUGGCUGUCCCGUAGAGGGUUGUGAUCGCCGUUUCUCCAGAAGUGAUGAGCUAACACGGCACAUCAGAAUCCACACUGGUCAGAAGCCUUUCCAGUGUCGUAUUUGUAUGCGUUCAUUCAGCCGUAGCGACCACUUAACAACACAUGUUAGAACACAUACUGGUGAAAAACCAUUCUCAUGUGACGUAUGUGGACGAAAAUUCGCUCGUUCAGAUGAAAAGAAACGCCAUAGUAAAGUGCAUCAAAAACAAAAAUUAAAGAAAGAAGCUAAGAUGUUGGCAUCUGCGGCGGCAGGAUCUGCAGCAAUGGCAACACUUAGUGGCCCUGCUAUUCCCUCUGGUAGGGAUGUUCCACUGACAGUACCAUGUCCCACAUUGGGUCAACAAGCAGGGCCAAGCGUUACAAUGGCUAGCAUAGUCCAAACUACAUAUCAAGACACUCUCAAUAUUCCUUUACCUGUUACAACGUCGUCAUUCUAAUGCAAGAACAAUCUUUAUUGAACACAGUGACGAACUAUAAGAGCAAAGCUCAAGAGGCAGAGUUUAAUAUGGCUAGCCUGAUUAUUUUAUUUAAUCUUAACAGUGGUUUUGGAAAGAAUUGUGGUAUUAACUAUUUAAUAUCAUAGUGUCUUUAAAAACACUUUUUGGUGCUUAUCAAAGAUAAAGUAUAUACCUAUUUAAAAUAUGUUGAUUAUCAUUAUUAGUGGGGUACUACUGUCUUGUAUUGUUAUAUGUAAAAAAGAAUAUAUGUGUGCCAUAUUUCCAAUAUAAGUAUAUGAUAACAGGCAUACUAGUAGUAGAUUGUUAUCGAAAACAGAAAUUCAAGCAUAUUUUUAUUUCCUUAACAAGACUAUAAACUUUAUUUUGAACUUUUGAAUGUUGUGGUGUUUCCAUGCUUUUUUAGCACAUUCUUAUUUGUAAUUUGCCAAAUGUUAUUCCUCAGGUUCCAAUACUAUAACACACAAAAUAUUGCAUGGAAAUCUUCUAUUUUUUCAUCAAAGUUAUAUUACAAAAAUAUAUAUAUUGUUACUGUCAUGUGUACGUGUAUGCACUUCAUAUUGUGUAAGUAUUGUACAGUGUACACUGAUGCUUUAUUUUUCUAUUUUGAAAAGCUGUUAUAAAACUAUAUUGAAUGUAGUGAAUGUACUUUUAUUUUUAUUCGUCGUUUAUCAUUGUUCACAUUGUUAUAUAUGUAAAAUAAACUACCAUGCUGAACUAUGGGAGACUACUUUACAUAUAAAACUCUGUAAAUAGUAAUGCCUGGAUAUUCUAGACAUGUGAAUUCAGUAGAUCUGAAUUAAAUGCAUUAAGUGUCUUUUCUGGGGACACAUUUCUUGUUACGAUUGUUAUAUGAAUUAAGCAACAUGGUGCUAGUCAUCAAAAGUUGGAAUAUUAUAUGUUACACAAUACUUGCAUGAUUAAAGCUAACAGUAAUGAAAUAAGUGUAUUGUAAGAUGUCGUAUGACCCGGUGUGUUCUCAGUGAACAGUCAAAAGUGGUGAAAUAUUGAAAUAAAAUCAAAGUGAAAAUACAA